GCCGCCCUGCAGAAGGCCAAGCAGGACAUGGCCUGCCUGGUCAAGGAGUACCAGGAGGUGAUGAACUCCAAGCUGGGCCUGGACAUCGAGAUCGCCACCUACAGGCGGCUGCUGGAAGGCGAGGAGCAGAGGCUGUGCGAGGGUGUCGGAGCCGUGAAUGUCUGCGUCAGCAGCUCCCGCGGUGGCGUCGUCUGUGGCGAUCUCUGCGCCUCCGGUGCUGCCCCUGCUGUCAGCAGCCGCGUCUGCAGCGCCCCCUGCAGCGGCAACGUGGUGGUGGGCACCAACUCGUGCGGCGCCUGCAGCGUGGGCUGUAAGAAGUGCUGA